UAUAAAGAAGGAGUUAUAAGAGGGGUUAAUACUAAAAUAUCAAAGGAGUUAACACUAAAUACAUAACAAGUGGGACGGAUUUCACAUUUUCACUUCAGAAUUUUUUUUUUGUUAAACUUCUCGUUCUCUCCGUCGGCUGAAAACUCCAUUGCUCCAGGCUUCCAGCCUCCAUGAUGGUGUGAUCCUUCCUAUUUUUCUUCCCAACAAGUCAACAACAAUUAAAUCUUUACGGCAUGGUUCUGAAAAGAAAGCAAUCUUCUUGAUGUCAAAAUAGGAAGAAAAAGAAAAAGAGAUUGGAAUCUACUAAAUCUCUAGUAGGUUCUUUUGAUAAGUUUUUGAUUAGGAAUCAACCAGCAAUUGAGAAUAAGGGCGAUGAGGAUAAUGCUACAGAUGAUAAUGGUAAGAAUGAGGGGAAUGGGGAUGAUGGUGCUGCUGAUAAUGGUUUAAAUGAGGGGAAUGGGGAUGAUGGUGCUGCUGAUAAUAGUAUGAAUGAGUGGAAUGGAGAUGAUGGUGUUGCUGAUAAUGGUAUGAAUGAGGGCAAUGAGAAUGAGGGUGAUGCUGAUAAUAGUGUAAAUGAGGGAAAUGUGAAUGAUGGUGGUGUUGAGAAUGGUAUGAAUGAUAUCAAUGAGAAUGACAGAAGGGGGGAUAAUGUCAACAAGACGGUAGGAACGAAUGAAGUUGGUAAUUAUUGUGAAGAGUUAAGCCAUAUAGAUAUGUUUGAUCCGGCUAAUUGGAAUACAAUUGAUAAAAAGCUUGUUGAUUUUAUGUUAGCUUGACAAUCUGGUAUAAACUUUUAUUUGCUGUUAAUACCGUGAGUAAAUCUUUGCAAUCUGAAAAUAUGGAUAUUGGUGUUGCUAUAGAAAAAACAAAAGGUCUAAUUGUUUUUUUUAAAGAGUAUAAAAAAGAUGGGUUCCAAAAGGCAAUGGAAGAAGCGAAGGAGAUUGCAGAUGGUAUGAAUAUUGAACCUACAUUUCGUGAAGUUCGCACCACUCGUACUUGCGAACCAAUAUCUGGUGAGGAAUUUUUUAGAAGAACUUACUUUUUAUAUAUAAUGGACAGUGCUAUAUCAUCAUUCAAGGCCAGGUUUGAACAGUUUCGAUUAUAUGAAAAAAUAUUUGGUUUUCUGUUUGACUCGAACAAGUUAAGAACUAUGAGUGAGAAUGAAUUGAUGAGGUCCUGUCUCGCACUUGAAGGUUAUUUGAAGCAUGGUACAUCUAGAGAUAUUGAUGGCAGGGAGUUAUAUUUGGAAUUGUUAGUCAUGAGAGUUGCAUUACCUAAGGCUUAUAGCAAACCAAUGGAGGUUUUACAAUUUUUACUAAGAAUGGAUGGUUGCUACCCAAAUGCGUGGAUUGCUUAUAGGAUACUGCUCACAAUUCCGGUAACAGUUGCAUCGGCGGAAAGAAGUUUUUCUAAGCUAAAGUUGAUUUUAUCGUAUCUUCGAUCAACUAUGUCAGAAGAGAGAUUAAUUGGAUUAUCUAUGCUGGCAAUUGAAACAGAUAUGGUUAUGCAAGUUGAUUUUAAAGUUAUACUUAAUGAUUUUGCAUCUAGAAAUGUAAGAAGAAUCAACAUUUAAUAGAUGUUAUUUGUAUGAUUA